AUGGCCGGCGGCGGGGCCCCCCUGGAUGUGGAGGCGCUGCGGAGAACUGUGGAGAAGGCCUUCGCUGCUGUCGCGCUGCGGGAGGCCCUGGAAGCCGUGCUCCUGGGCGUCCGCGAGCUCAACAAGUUUGUGACCAGUGCUGCUCCUUGGAGCUGCCAAGAAGAGGAAAGGAGGCAAGAAGUGGUGCGCGUGGGGCUGGAGUGUAUGUACACCCUGGCGCACUUCCUCGAGCCCUUCCUCCCCCAGGCCAUGGCACUUCUUUUCCAACAACUCAACGCCAAGCCCAAGCUGCUGCAGCAGCUCUCGCCCUGGCUCGAAAACCUCGAGCCCGGCACCGAGCUCAAGCCCGCGGACAGGGUCCUCUUCGCCCUGCUGCAGCUCCCCGACGAGCAGCAGCAGCAGCAGGGGGAGCGGCAGCAGCAGCAGGGGGAGCAGCAGCACCAGCAGGGGGAGCGGGAUAGCAGCAGCAGCAAGGCCUCGCAGACCACCUCCGACACCCCCACCUCCCGCAGGGACGCGGGGCUCUGA